AUGCCGAGCGUGCUGGGCAAGCACCAAGAGGAUUCUGAUCCCCAGCACUUUGAUCUCGAGGAUGUUGAUCCAGAGGUGUGGUUCGGCACUAACGACCCAAUUCCGCCUGAGUUUCCGGAAGGUUCAGAGGAAGAUGAAGGGGACGACGGAGUUGUCGAGCUGAUGCAGCAGGGCGUUGCCUGUAUCAACCAGAUGAAGGCGACGCGGCCAGAAAUAUUACGUGGUGUCCGUGUUUGGAAGCUGUUGCAUUUUUUGCCGCCGACGUGGCUACGAGGCUAUCUCACGGAUCUGUACGGAUUGAGUCAGCAGACAACGCAUCUGGAUCAGUUUUGGUCCCACAGCUGGCAGGGGUCGCGGUGGACCAAGUAUGUCACUAUGCUUUACCUGCAUAAUUGCAUGCCGGCAAGCAUCGCAGGAACAUUGAGCACCGGCGUAGCCUGCGGCCUCGUCUCAGCAGGAUUUCUGGGUGCACGACAGGGAGGGUGUGUGCUGUUCUGGUUUGUCGCCUUUUGCGUAGCUUUGCUACUUUGGCGUCCGCGAAAGCUGGUGUUUUUUGACAUCGCAUGCAUUCACCAAACUGACGGACGAGCUCAGAAAGGGGGAGGCCAUCAUAAGUAUGGGUGCAUUUUUGAAUCAGUCGACUUCCAUGCUGAUUCUGUGGGAUCCUACAUGGGUCACAAGACUGCAGUCGUGGGAGAACAGUUGGCAUUGCUCUGUGGUCCUUUGUCCCUGCGUGAGUUCAAGGUUGAGCAUGCUAGAAGCGCUUGCCGCGACCGCAAUGAAGACAGGCCUCUACCCGACGCUGCGUGGUACAACUCACUGGGCAGCUUUGAAGCGCAAGUGCAAACCGAAGUGCGGAUGGCCGUCAUCGAUCAGCUUGCAUACAAAGUCUUCUCUUAUCAGCGUGCCUUGCUAGUCUUGACUCCACAUGCCUGGCUUCGUCUUGAGUAUGCAACCAGCCAUGCAGGAGAUCCCAUCCGGCAGAUAGUCGACCUGGCCCAGAUGUUCACUUAUGUGCUGGCCAUUUUCCCGGUGGUGGACAACUGUGCUACCGCCUGCGAAGACGAC